CUUUUCUGUAUUGCCUAACAAAAAGAGAAGUAAGUUCAGUGGCAGUGCUGAACUACAACAAGCAACAGUGCUAAUACCAUUCAUAUAGCUAGCAAAACGCAGGGUGCGGUCUCACAAUGUAAUUUUUAGCAAAUAAUGUAGUACCUUUAUCGAUGAAAUAUUUAUUUACGUAUAGCCUGACAAUGUGUAAGAAAUACUGAAAAAGAAACCAAUUCAACUGAGAUCCUACUCUGUAUGGGCAGUACAGGUGUAAAUAAACUUUAACACCUUAUCAUUAACUACACACAGUGUAUCAGGACAUUUUUUCACUACUUUUUUGUCAUUUGUUUCUGCUGGAAAAUGGAAGCCGCUCUCUUCCUCCUGUGCCUGUCAGUGAUCCAAACCUGGUAUGCAGAUAUGUCUACAAUAGAAUCAGCUUCUCUUUCUACUUCAACUUCUGUAUCGAUUUCAACUCCAGUUUUGACUACCCCUGUUCCUAUCAACUGUUCCACCUGGGAUGUGACGAAUACAACCAUUAAGGGUUAUAUCUAUGGCAACAUCACCAGUGCCACUGCAAAAUAUGACAAGGAACUUCAGGGUAGCAUAAAUGCACCCAUUGUGACCUUUUUCAAUCUUUUACCUGGUUGCAACUACAAUAUAUCCAUACAGUCGUCAUCAGGAACAGCGUGUUUAGACAUGGAGGCAACAAUUGCAGCGUUAGUAAAUAGCGUUACUGUAAACCCUUUAAAUUCUACUUCUUUGAAUGUGAGUUGGACAAAUGCUGCUGGCUGCAUUAAAAGCUACAGUGGUUCUGUUAAUGGUUCUGAUUUUACGACAAUGGGGAACUAUCAAGAAGUACAUGGUCUACAGCCUGGUUGUACAUAUGAUGCCAUAAUCAUAACAGAAGGAUAUGGGAAAAGUUCUGCUCCUGCCAAGGGUAAAGGAGCCACAGUUGCAGCGUUAGUAAAUAGCGUUACUGUAAACCCUAUAAAUUCUACUUCUUUGAAUGUGAGUUGGACAAAUGCUACUGGCUGCGUGACAAACUACAGUGGUUCUGUUAAUGGUUCUAAUUUUACGACAAUGGAGAACUAUCAAGAAGUACAUGGUCUACAGCCUGGUUGUACAUAUGAUGCCAUAAUCAUAACAGAAGGAUAUGGGAAAAGUUCUGCUCCUGCCAAGGGUAAAGGAGCCACAGUUGCAGCGUUAGUAAAUAGCGUUACUGUAAAUGCUAUAAAUUCUACUUCUUUGAAUGUGAGUUGGACAAAUGCUACUGGCUGCGUGACAAACUACAGUGGUUCUAUUAAUGGUUCUAAUUUUACGACAAUGGAUAACAAUGAAGAAGUACAUGAUCUACAGCCUGGUUGUAAAUAUCUUGCCAAAAUCAUAACAGAAGGAUAUGGGCCCAAUUCCAGUGAGGUUCAGGGUGAAGGAGCCACAGUUGCGGCGUCAGUAAAUAACGUUACUGUAAACCCUAUAAAUUCUACUUCUUUGAAUGUGAGUUGGACAAAUGCUACUGGCUGCAUGAAGAGCUACAGUGGUUCUGUUAAUGGUUCUAAUUUUACGACAAUGGAGAACUAUCAAGAAGUACGGGGUCUACAGCCUGGUUGUACAUAUGAUGCCAUAAUCAUAACAGAAGGAUAUGGGAAAGGUUCUGCUCCUGCCAAGGGUAAAGGAGCCACAGUGGCGGCAUCAGUAAGUAACGUUACAAUAACUGCUCUAAACUCUACUGCUUUGAGAGUGAAUUGGACAACUGCUACUGGCUGUGUGACGAACUACAGUGGUUCUGUUAAUGGUUCUAAUUUUACGACAAUGAAGAAUUAUCAAGAAGUACAUGGUCUACUGCCUGGUUGUAAAUAUGAUGCUAAAAUCAUAACAGAAGGAUAUGGGCCCAUUUCCAAUGUGACUGUGGGUGAAGGAGCCACAGUUGCACUUCCAGUUAAAAGUUUAAAUAUCACUGCUAAAAAUGCCACAUUACUGGUAGCACACUGGGCCACUCCUGUUGGAUGUGUACGAAAUUUCCUGCUGUUAAUCAAUAACAGCAAUGAAACGACAAAGGAAAAUUCCAUGGAAUUCCAUAAUCUGAAGCCUGGUCACAGCUAUACAGUUAGGAUCAUUGUCAAUGGAUUUGGAAAACCGUCAAGAGAAGUUAAUGUUACUACAAAUACUUAUCCUUCAGAUUUAGUGGGUGUCACCUGUGGGUAUGCAUCAUCGGGCUACGGCAUUGCAUUAUCCUGGCCACCCCCGUAUGGAAAAUGGACAAGAGUGGAGGUGCAGCUUGAUGGACAAAGUCUUCAAAAUGUGACCGGUUCAGAGACCAGAGUAAUUAUUGAUGGAGUGCAGCCUGCCAACAGCUACACCAUCAGUCUUCAGUUGUAUUCAGGGGAUCUGAGCAGCGCGCCUGUAGUAAUUAACUGUACGACUGACCCAAGAGGCAUUAUAGCUGGUGUGUUGGUGGCAGUUCUGAUUCUUCUUAUGGUGAUCCUCGCUGUCGUCGUUUUACGCCACAAGCCAAAAUGCCUGAGGCAAAAGUGGCUAACAGAAUCGGAAGUAACCAAUGAUAAAUUCAAAGUGGUUCCUGUGGGCAAGUUUGCAGAGCACUUCCACAAACUGAGCUGUGAUCAGAACAGAGGAUUCAGUGAAGAGUAUGAGAACUUGAGCACAGCUGGUGUAGAUCAGCCAUGUCACACAGCCCUCAUUCCAGAAAACAAGGCCAAAAAUCGCUUCACCAAUGUGCUGCCCUAUGACUCAUCUCGAGUAAAGCUCACAACAAAAAACCGUGACAUGAACUCAGACUACAUCAAUGCCAACUAUAUGCCUGGCUAUGGCAAUAACAACAGGCAAUAUAUUGCUGCUCAAGGUCCUCUACCAAACACAGUGAAUGAUUUCUGGAGAAUGAUCUGGGAACAAGACGUUACGGGAGUAGUCAUGGUAACAAAUUGUAAUGAAGGAGGGAAGGUUAAAUGUGAACAGUACUGGCCAGAAAACUCCUUGCCCCAGACAUAUGGAAAUCUGGCAGUAAAAGUUACCUCUGAGCACAAAGACAUGGACUGGACUCGGCGAGAGUUUAAUGUCAGAAAUAUGAAGACAUCAGAGGUCCGUCUUGUUAAACAUUUUCACUUCACCGCCUGGCCAGACCAUGGCGUACCGAGUGGGACCUCAGCGCUGAUGGAGUUCAGAGGGAUCGUGCGACACCACGUAGAGAGUUGCUGCUCACUAGCGCCCAUGGUGGUGCACUGCAGUGCGGGGGUGGGUCGAACAGGCACCUUGAUUGCACUGGAUGUGGCUCUGCAGCAAUUAGAGAUGGAGAGAGCUGUUGGCCUGGCUGCCUUUGUCCGUAAAAUGAGGCUUAAUCGACCCCUGAUGGUGCAGACAGAGUCCCAAUACAUCUUUUUGCACCAAUGCAUCAUGGACAAACUCAAAAAAGGAAUGAAAACAGAGGAGCCUGUUUAUGAAAAUACGGACAUGAUAUAUGUUAAUUCAGUGGCAUUGAGAGAUUUUGUUGAACAUAAUCCCAAAUCUUAACGCCUUUAGUUAGUUGGUCUGUCAAUGUGCUUCUUUUGAUAUUGUCUUUCCAAAAUUGUGUUGAAGUGCUCUUUUUCCAGUAGCUUUAUAACUGAUCCAUGCCAUUUUUUGUGUGUAAUGAAUGUUGUUUGCAGAUAAUAUUCCAUUUUAUUUAAUUAGUUUUUUUAUUGUGUAUUUUUUAAAUAUUAAUGCAAUACAAAAUGUAAUUACAUUUUUUUGCUGAAUUGUUUUAUGAAAUACAAAAAAAGAAGAUAUGAGUAAACUCCAGUUUAAUUAUUUAAAAAAUUAUAAAAACCUACGCCUGUCUCGUACUUGUAAAUAUUAGGUCUGACAUUUUACAAGGUAUCCUUUUCAAAAACUGGUACACCAUUUUACAGUAUCCCAUACAUUAUGAAGGAAAUUUCUUCCUUACUCCAUUCAAAGAAGCCUGUUGAGUGCUAAACAAUAUUUUCAAAUAAUUGUUUAACUGUGCAAUGUGUCCGAGAGUUUUGAUUAUGCAGCAAUAGUGGUUGGAGCUUAUGGUUGGAUGGGACAGUUGUUUGAGGUAAGCAUUGAGAACAAAUUAUGCAAAUCUUUUAAAUACGAGGAUUUUAAAGAGGGGCGGCAUGGUGGUGCAGUGGUUAGUACUGUUGCCUCACACCUCUGGUUCCCGGGUUCGAGUCUCCGACUGGGUUACAUGUGUGUGGAGUUUGCAUGUUCUCCCUAUGUCGUCAUGGGGUUUCCUCCAGGUGCUCCAGUUUCCCCCCACAGUCCAAAAACAUGCUGAGGCUAAUUGGAGUUGCUAAAUUGCUCGUAGGAGUGUGUGUGAGAGUGAAUGGUGUGUGACUGUGCCCUGCGAUGGGCUGGCCCCCCAUCCUGGGUUGUUCCCUGCCUCGUGCCCAUUGCUUCCGGGAUAGGCUCCGGACCCCCCGCGAGCCAGUAGGAUAAGCGGUUUGGAAAAUGGACGGAUGGAUGGAUUUUAAAGAUGAAAAGGCCUUUGUGUGGAGAAUUGGAAAAUUGUUAAUAUGCCAUUUAGACUAGAAGAAUCACAAUUUGGAAAAACAAAUCUGGGAACAAAUAUUCUGAUGUGGAAAAGGACUGACCUUUGGACACAAAUAUUUACAUUGUGAAGCAUAUUUACACUGGACAGUUUACUUAUCAUUAUAUUCAAUCCUGAUCUCAAAUUUGCAAUCAAGUAUUUCUUCUUUUUCAAAUGCAGAACAAUAGGUAUCCAUGUAUCUGUGAAUUGAUCAGUGAUACCGGGCAUACAUACCCUCUGAUGCCUUGUUUAUUUUAAGUCAGCAGUAAUUUAAAGCCUACUGCAUUUACUUGAUUCUGGAACUGUUCCUCCAUUUCUCAUAAUCUUGGAUGAGUCAUAUUUCAAGAGGAACAACUGUACUGAUCAAUGCUUAAAGUGAAUCAUAAAUAAAAUCA